CACAAAACCAAACCCACCAAUCGUUCGCACUUUGCAACAAAUUAUUUCCCUUUCUCAUGGAAAAAAUUCCAAAAAACAAAGAGGAAUUUUGUUUUUGGAUAGAAUAUGAGUCAGCAAUUGGCGACGAGCCGACGACCCAAUCGUAACGCCCUUUCCUUGCAAAAUUGCCCAUUUCUCCCAAUGAGAUUAACCUCAACAAGGAGGGCAAAGUACGCGGCACGCCGAUCUACACAAACGCCACAUCACCGCCCGUCUCCGCACAGCCAUAACAGCAAUCGACCGACCCCUUCUUCCCAUUUUCUUCGCCUCCUUUCCCUCGCACUCGAUUUUAUCCAAAACACACUUCAAGAUACAAGCUUGGAAGAAGGCCGGAGCAGAAGAGCAAUCCUCUAGCUACCCGGAUUUUCCUUCCCACAACCCAUUUUCCCUUCCGCCGGAGCAUGAUGACUUGGGAUGGCUUCGACGAUCCUCAACCUCAUCAUCGUCAUGAUCACCAUCAGCCCGACGCCGGCGACGACCACCAGGACGCUUACCUCAAUUUCGAUUUCUUAUCUCUCGUCUCCAAGCCCCAGGACUACUAUAAGAUACUGGAAGUCGACUACGAUGCUUCGGAGGAUGCUAUUCGUGCCAAUUAUAUACGCCUCGCCCUGAAAUGGCAUCCAGAUAAGCAGAAGGACCAGGAUGAUGCUACUUCUAGAUUUCAAGAAAUAAAUGAGGCAUACCAAGAAGUGUCACAUGUUGAGGCUUAUGGGUUCUCUCCUUUUUGGCUGAAUUUUAAUUGCAACAUUAGAAGGUUCUGUGUGUGCCUACUGGCACAUGGUUUUGAAGCGGAGGCAACUGAUGUGGUGCCACGCAAAAUUUAUGUAACUAAUGUUGGAGCUGAAUUCGAGUCCGGAAUUGAGGAUAUUGGGUUUCAGGCUUGGGGCUGUGCACAGGAGUAUCUUAACCGUUAUAAGGGGCUCAUACUAACAUGUAACGGUCUCGGGAUCAAGCAAUCAAUUUGGUGAUCAGAAAAAUGGUAUGUGGAAACUGCAAUGGACAUCCUGUGCUGUCUUCUUCCUUACCUAAUGCUAUGAGGUAUUGUUUUUUUCGGGUGAUCAUUGUGGUGGGCAGAAGGGAGAAAGACUAGCAUGUUUUUGGAUGUACCAAUGUAUCAGGGAAAUGUAAUCCCAUUUGUAUAGAAAAUGCACAAAAUAGUUCACCGUCGUAACUUGGUCAAUAUCAAAGCUCCAGCCUUUUUUUAUAUUCUUUAUUUAUGCAGGGUAGUUUCAUACACCCUCCCAAGUCCCAUUUGCUGCUGCUUCUUUCUAGGUUCAAAGGCCAUGAUGUGGGAACUUACAAAACAUCAAUCGAACUGGAUGCAUUGUUUCUGGAAAUGUUUCUUCGGGCACAUCCAAUAAAUUUGUUUCUGGAGAUUAGGGGUGUGCAACGGUUU